AUGAAGACCCUGCUCCUGAGCCUCGGCCUGGGCCUUGUGGCGGCCCUGCAGGCUCAGACUCUUCCGACAGUGGUGGAGGAGGAGGAGGAGGACUUAGGGACAUGGUAUUUGAAAGCCGUCACAUUCGACAAGGAGAUUCCCGGGGGAAAGCUGGGGCCUGUGUCCGUGACCCCCAUGACCAUCAAGAUCCUAGAUGCGGGCAACGUGAAAAUCAAGUUCGCAUACAAGAUUGCAGAUCAGUGCCAUGACAUGAGUAUCACCCUAGAGGAAACCGAGGUACCCGGAAAAUACACAGCCUAUGGUGGCAAGCAUGUGGUGCAAAUCAUGAAGUCCAGCGUGGAGGACCACUACAUCCUCUAUGACGUGACUGACCUGCACGGGCGUCAGAUCCGAACGGCUAAACUUGUGGGCAGAGACCCUGACCUCAGCCAGGAAGCCCUGAAGGACUUUGAGAAUGUCACAGGAGCCAGAGGCCUCAGCUCAGAUACCAUCGUCAUUCCCAAGCAAAUGGAAACCUGCUCUCCCGGAGGUGACUAG